AUGCUCUACGCCAAGCCGGCGCUGGACGCGUCGGGGGCGCCGUCGCGCGCGUCCCUCGACCUCCACGAGGACCUGUGGGCCCAGCUCUCCGUCCCCGCCCGCCUCGUCGUCCCCGACGCCGGCGACGCCGCGGACUUCUUCGCCGGCGCCGUCCGCGCCGCGACCCCCGACGGCCUCCUCCUCCUCGACUUCUCCGACACCCGCUGCCGCGCCCCGGUCGACCGCACCUUCCGCCCCAGCUGGCUGGCCGAGUUCGACGCCGCCGCCGAGUACGCCGGCGAGCCGGACGUCGCGCGCUUCGUCUGCAACCCUCUCAGCGGCCAGCUGCUCCGCCUCCCUGCCCCGGGCGCGGAGUUCGCGAGGUCGUCCACCGCAGGCUGCUCCACGGGCUUCGGCCUGCUCACCCAGUCCGAGGGCUCCCGCGGCCCGCCCGACAGGUACGUGGUCGCCCAGCUCAGCCGCAGCCGCCGCGGGGGAGCGGACCACCCCGUCGUGCGCCGGUUCCUGUCGGAAACAGGGGAGUGGGACGAGCGGCGGUUGGCCGGCCCGUCCGUGCCGGCUAGCCGGGACAUGCGCAUAGACCCGAACCUCGAGGUGGUGGCAUUCGGCGACAGGCUGUGGUGGCUCGACCCGACCUGGGCCGUCUGCUCCGUCGACCCUUUCAGCGACCAGCCGGAGCACCGCUUAGUCGAGCUGCCCCCGGCCAGCGUGCUGCCUGACCUGAUUGACCUGGCGGGGACACCGGUGCUGGGCAGGUACCGCCGUCUCGGGGUGAGCGAGGGGAAGCUGCGCUACGUGGAGGUGUCUAACAGCAGGAAGCCAUUCGUGUGCAGCUCCUUCUCGCUCGAUGAGAAGGGCUGCUGCUGGACGCUGGAGCACAAGGUAGCAUUCAAUCCUGUUCUCCCUGAAAGGUGCAAGGUUCUGGAAGACCACAUACCGUGCAUUGCCGCCAUCGAUCCAUUCCGGGCGAACUUUCUGUACCUCAUCUAUGGUCACUUUCUUAUUGUUGUGGACAUGGCUAAGGGGAAAAGCUUAGGGGGGCAGCAUCUUCCAGAAAGAGCCGGCGAUCAAACCCUGUGCCCCUCUGGUUUUCUUGUGCCCUGCAUGCUCCCAACAUGGCUAGAGUCGAGCUACAUCCCCUGUGCAGGAACCCUUUCGAGCAAGAAGACCAAUUCCAAAAGGAACAGUUUGGCAGAGACGCUGGUUCGUGCGGACAGGGGGCAGAAAAAUUGAAGUGCGCCAGCUUAUCUGCGGGUUCUCAAAAUUGUGAGGUAGGAGUUGUUUUGGAGGACUAAGAAAUUGAUGGUGGUAGACUGGUAGUUCCUGAACUCCCGUUUUGGGGGAGUGCUGUGAGAAGUUUGGGUUUGUCAGGCUUUGCUGAUGCGCCUCCUCUACCAUGGUUUGUGCAAAAUCUGCAAAUGUUUUACAUAUUUUCGCUUUGCUUGUGGACCCGUUGAGUUUUUAGACUUUUUACUAAUGUGGCUCUAUUCUGUCGGCAAUUCAGCAUGAAUCGAAUGCCAAUAACUGCAUUAUAUGUCUUUUUAACGUCGAAUGGAUCAGCAGCUUUAGAAGUUAGGAUUAUGAAUAUUUAUGGCCUUGACUAUUACCGACAACUACUGUUCUGAGUA